CUUGUUGCAGCUGCUGCUCGGCGGCUCCAUGGUAGCGCUGUCCUUUGGAGCUUUGUCCCUCAGCAACUCUCCCCCCAUCCGAAACUCAUGUCCCUUCUGGGCAGGCUGCUCGGCAUCCCAUCACUACAGAGGAUUCUUUGGUCCCUCAUCUCAGUCAGACUCUUCUUUGAUCUUGUUCCACAGUGAAGAAGUGAACUCGGCACUGAAGUCAUGAAACCAGAGUCACUACACAUCUUCCACUGCAGGCUAAAAACCCACAUUGUCAGACUACAUCUCAACAACCCUUGCUAGCACUUACUUGUGUCUUGUUUCUAAAAAAAAACACCAAUAAAAACUCGAUAAAGUGAAAAGAAAGGUCAUUCUGUCAGGCAUUGUAGGCCUCACAACAUGGAGAAGGCCCAUGCUUCUGCUGAGAUUUGAGACAAACUUUGUUACAGUCUAAACAAAAAACCAUUUGUAUCCCUCGGCCAUUUUUGGAAAGCAUGUGAUCAUCUGCCUACGACGUCAUUUCUGCAUUUCAAAAGAACAAGGAAUGGAGCAUUUCAAUGGGAACAGCAUCUGCAAAGUGUGGGUCGUCCAUUGCCAGGAGCUCAAGGGAAAGGACCCAAACGCAGACACACGACUGCAGGUCAAUGUGUUUGUCCUGUUGUCUGUGGUGUGUGUGCUCCUUAAUCUGGCUGGAUUCAUCUUGUGCUGCCAGGGAGCCCAGCUGGUUUCCAGUAUGACCAGCUGCCAACUGAGUGAGGAUGGAGAUGUAUGUUACUGCUGCUCCGUCUCCCACACCUCCAAAUGUCCAGAGGAAAAGCUGCUGGAGCUCCACCCUGCCCACUCCUGCAGCACCAUGAGGAUCCUGCUCAAGAAAGUGUUGUUUGCACUGUGUUCUCUGAACGCUCUGACCACAGCUGUGUGCCUAAUGGCAGCUGCCCUGAGGUACCUGCAGAUCUUCACAGCAAGGACACCCUGCAUGGACGAGCCCAGAGCCACAGUGGAAGAAAGGGAGGAGCAUACUCAGGUCACAGACCCAGAUGAGUUUGUGGCCCCAGCCCCUCCUCCCUCCUACUUCUCCACUUUCUACUCAUACACACCACGUCUGGCUCGCCAGAUGCUCGGGGACAGUGUGAUACCUCUUCCUCAUAUCUUUGGGGCUCGGAUCAAAGGGGUAGAGGUCUUUUGUCCGCUAGAUACCCCACCUCCAUAUGAGGCUGUUGCUGGAAGCUCCACCAAUGCAGUCACACAGGAGACAGAGAUUGCUCUGACAGGGUUAACUAUGAACCCGGCUACAACUCCACCUCCACCCACCUGUGUUCGAGGUAGGACCCAUGUCCACACACCAGACAUGAGUCCCCAAAUGAUAUCGGUGUCAACAGGCAUCGUUCCGCAGGCUAAGCCACAGCAGCAGCUGCUUCCUCAGUGGCAGCAGCACACUUCAGGACUGACCCCCUGGAAGAAAGCAGGGAUCUGCCGCUCUAAAAGUGACCCAGUGUUGAUGGACCUUGCUGCUAGAGCGUGGAGUGGCAGCGACACUCCCCUCGCUCCUUUUACUCAGACAACAGAUUCUUCCACCCAGACCUCCCAGUCCACACUGGCUGCACACACCCAGGGCCAGGUCACACUGCGACACUUCAACAACGAGAUUAAGACUCCCCGCCGGCCCCGACCCUGCUCCUUGGUGGACUACAAGAGCUACCGAGACACGCAGCAGUUGGUCAGGAAAAUCCUGGAGCAGCCGGACACCCAGAGCCUGGUCCCCGAGGUCCAGCAGCUGGUGGACAGCAUACGAAAUGUCUUGCAGUCAGAUCAGGAGCACAUGGAAGAGGCUGUACGCUGUGCCAGUUACAUAGAACAGGUGUUCACUGACUCAGACAUUGGUCCCAUUCAACCUAAAUCAUGCCAGCAGCAGCCAGCAGGCAGUUCCUCUCAGUCUUUUCACCUCCCUCCCAGGAGAAGGCCUGGUCUGCUGCACCUCCAGAGCUGUGGGGACCUUAGCUCCUUUACCUGUGCAGCACUUGAGUCAAUAGAACACCAAGGAGAUAAUAGAAAGGUUGUGUUGAGGGCAGGCUCUAGAGCAGGUUCAAGGACAGGGUCAAGGACUGGGUCCCACCUGGAUCAUCCUUAUCAUCCUCGACCGCACAGUCUCAUCGGAGUCUUCAGGGAGACAGUGCUUUGAGGGAAAACCUGUGGUAUUAACAUAUUGUGGGUGAGGGCUGGAUGCUGCCUUAUCUGUUACUAAACUUUAAGAAAUAAAAUAUUAUAAUCCAUGGACUGCAAAUCCAACAACUUAGGGGGAUCUAUUUGUGCGUGAUGUGUGCAAAUGAGUGUGUACGAGUGCAGUUUCUCAAAAACAGUUUUGCUCUAAUACUAUUUUUGUGACAAUUUAUUUGUGAAAUACAAAAAAUAUGGGCCCCUUGUACUGAAACAAGGUACCCAAACCUUGGAUGCUGAGGAGCUGCUGAGUUGCU